UCCCUCCCCCCCCGCGCGGCUCCCGGGCGGUCGUGGCCCCUUUAACAGGAGGCUGACAGACGGCCCUGAGUGGCCAAUGGGAAGCGGCGUCGGCGCCGGCCGGCGGCUAAACCCCGCCUCCGCGCGGGCCGGGAGGGGUCGCGCGGGCGGAGAGCGGGAGGCGGGGCUCAAGGCGCGACGGCCAAUAGGCGCGCGGCGUGCGGCGGCUGGGGCGGGAGGCGGAGCCUGGCAGGGGGAUGAUGUCACCUGGAGCGAGUGGCGCUCGGCGUGGAACGCGAGUCGCGACCCUGGAUCCCGGCGGUGGCGCACACUGGCCCUGGCGCCGCACGGGACGGGAGGGCUGGGCCGGCGGCGAGAUGAGAGGAAAGGUUGGAUUUUAAGGCGGGGGCGGCUCCCGGAGAUGCGCGCUCGGGUUGGAAGGUGGGAUGAGCGCCGGGUCGGCGAGUGCACCUUAUUCUGCACCCCUGCGCCCGCCUGGGGAACUGCACGCGGCGCCCCCACCCCCGCCUCCCCCGCAGACGAUAGUACGGCCUGCAGGGCUCCCCCGGCGGACGAGGCUAAUGGUUCGCUCCGCCCCGCCCACACAGAGGCCGCCCACUGGCUCCUGCAGCGUUUCGGGACUCCACCAUCCCACCCUAGGGAGGAAGGGGCUUGGCCUCCGCCCUCAGACUCUCUUAAGGGUAGGGCGCGUUGUUUUCAGUUCUGACUCUGCACGCAGACCCAGACCGGGUUCCAGUCUCUGGCCUUGGACUUGUCCCUAGCAAGCCCGCCAGCCUCCGCCUUCAGACGUAGGGAAGAGUGUGCAACUCUGCUCCCAGACUCU